UGUCAAGUGACAGUGUCAAAAAUCUAAAGCAAGCAAAUAUGGCUAUACCGGUUUUAAUAAAUCUGUAGUAGUGGCCCUCGUGGUAUAAUGAUACCCGAGAGUUAUCAUGAACGCUGUGACCGCCGCUGGUUUGGGUGUGGCAAUUGUAUUAAUAAUACUCUUCCUUAGGUGGAAAUGGAGGUCUUUUGCUGCUAAGGAAAUCGAAGAAGAUGCACAUACAUAUGUGCCGUGCGCGCCAAUGCAGGUGGUGCACCGCCUGUGUCCGCACCACAACGUGGUGCAGCGCUACGAGGUCGAGGAGAAGGACUCCUUGGACGAACACCUCGAUGUCCUCACCAGGAAACUCGCUGAAAAGGAGGGUCGUCUCCGACUAUCCAAGUCCAAGAUUCGGGAGACCCAAAACGAAAUCGAGAACCUGCACGCGAUAGACCAUGACGUGAGGGUCCGCUACCGGGAGAUCAUGGAGUCACUUCGCAAGGACCUGCUGAGCAACGAGAAGGAGUGCAAGAGGCUUCAGGAGCAGAUCGAGUGGGUCUCCCGGAGACGCGCCGAGCUUAAGGAUGAGGUCCGUCGAGGUCAGAGGUUAUACGGAGAAGCAGCAGCGGAAUUGGCGAGCAACCUUGCAGAACUGCAACGAGGCCGAGUGCCCGAUUACCGGAUCAUAGACAAGCCGCAGAGACAACCCUCGCUGACCUCCCUCAGACUGCGCAAGGAACCACAUCUACCUAGAGCCACUCCGGUCGGCUCAGUAGUCAUCAAGAGUACUCCUCCGAUGUCGCCAACGAAUGUUUCACGAGGAGAAAUAAUGGAAUGAACUUCACUUAUCUAUGACCCGGCAAGUAAAAGUCCAAAUCGUGGGUGAUUUUUUUAUAUUGAUAUUUAUUUUUGGUUGUAUUUAUUUUCAUAUUGUUAUUUAUUUAUUAAACUAUUAAAAUUA